AUGUUAAGCUUUAGAACCAGGGGAUAUAAUGGGUAUGGGGUUCAGUAUUCGCCAUUUUUCGAUAAUAAGUUAGCGGUUGCCAGUGCAGCAAAUUAUGGAUUGGUUGGAAAUGGGAAAUUAUUCAUAUUAAACAUUGAACCAAAUGGACAAAUUAGAGAACAAAUAUCUUGGGAGACCCAGGAUGGGUUAUUUGACUUAGCAUGGAGUGAAAUACAUGAAAAUCAAGCGGUGGUGGCCAGUGGAGAUGGAUCAAUAAAGAUUUUUGAUAUAACUGUGCCCAACUUCCCAGUAAUGAAUUUUAAAGAACAUUCAAGAGAAGUUUUCUCAAUUAAUUGGAAUUUAGUUGAUAAGAUCAAUUUCAUAAGUACUUCAUGGGACGGUAGUAUCAAGUUAUGGAAUCCCUCUAGAGCCAAUUCCAUGUUAACCCUUAAUCCAACCGUUGAUUACACCACCAAGACUGCACCAAUACAUCAAACUGCCAAACCUCCAUUAUCACAUCAACAACAGCAUCAGAAUGUAAACACCAGUGAAUGCAUUUAUAAUGCCAGUUUCUCUCCGCAUUCCCCAUCAACAAUCAUAAGUAGUAAUGGGUCAUCUCAUAUUCAAAUCUGGGAUAUCAGAAGUCCAAACCCAUUACAGCUAGACUUUGUCGGACACGGAGGAUUAGAAGCACUAGGAUGUGAUUGGAAUAAGUAUAAAUCUACAAUCGUCGCCAGUACCGGUACUGAUAAAUCGGUUAGGAUAUGGGAUUUAAGAAUGAUUACAAAAAUCGAUCAACCAAACAACCACAGUCCAAUGCCUUCGUACCAUAUUAGAGGACCAACCCCAUUGAAUGAAUUACUAGGCCACGAAUUCGCAGUUCGUAAAGUAUUAUGGUCUCCUCAUAACGGUCAAGAACUCUUAACCACCUCUUACGAUAUGACUUCAAGAGUCUGGAUAGAUCAAUCUAAUGAAAGAGCAAGAUUCUUAAAUUCCGGUAAUGGUGGUUGUAAAAAAGUAAUGAAUCUACAUAAAGAAUUUGUCAUUGGCUGUGACUACAGCUUAUGGGGAGAACCAGGUUGGGCUGCUUCCACUGGUUGGGACGAAAUGGUUUAUGUUUGGGAUACAAAAAGAUGAGAUAUUCCCGUAAUGUAUAAUUUAUUCUCAAAUAGCACUCUGUAGGACUUAAGCGCAUCCCAUGACCUUCGAUUAUGCGACUGUUUACCAAUUACCAGAUCUAUAAUUUAAAUAAACCCUUAGUUCAUGCUGGUUCCACUAACGAACCAUGGCCAAUCAAUUUACCCGAUUAGGAAAUUUCUGUG